CUUCUACCGCAAGACUCCACAUCUCCAUAGCAACCAUGGAACCUGUCAACAAAUCCGGAAAAGGGAGUCGUGGUAGAUGUAAAAACCGGAAACUCUCCCGCAGAGCUCCCCCAGACGGCCGCAGGUUGCCCGCUGUAGUUGUUGGGACCACACGGAGGCUGGACGUCGGUGUGAACAGGCAGGGUUUGCCAGCGCUCCACGUGGCCUGCCUCUACGGCCAGAUGGCUACUGUCCAGCUCUUGGUGGAGUCCACGCUGGACUGGAUGGACAUCAGUGAUCCUCAGGGUCGGCGGCCCAUUCACAUGGUCAUGUCCUCCCAGAGCUCGCCCAACACCUCGGCCUGUCUCAGAUAUCUGCUGGAGAAAGGAGCUGACAUUAAUGUUACCACAGACUCAGGGCAGACCCCGCUGCACCUGGCUGCCUCUGAAGGCCUCCUGGACUGCGUGGAGAUCCUCCUGCAGGCCGGUGCAGAUGUGUUUGCCCACGACAGCAUGGGACACACGCCUCUGGAUUUGGCCUGCAUCUGGUGCCGCAGAAAGGUCGCGAGGUAUCUGAAAAACUGCAUAUGGAAGUUAGAAAAGAAGAGAGAACUGGAGGAGAGGAAGCUAGUUCAAGCUUUAUACAGUGAUCUUGUGGACAUGGUCAAACUGUAUAAUGUCAGCAAAAGGACACUUAUAGAUGAGAAGAUGGCAGAGUGGGCGAACAAGAAAGGUUUGCCCCACCUGAGGGAUUUCUCCCCCAGAGUCGUGGUGAGCAAGUACCACACCCAGUGCCUCUCAUCAGAUCAGGGCAGCUCUAAUGUAAAACAUGCCAAGCACCAGCCAAGUGACCCCCGGGAGGAUCAGGAGAUCACCUCCUCAAAGCUACCUCCAGCACCAGCCCCCAGGCCCUGGAGCAUCUACAUGGGCCUCCAGCCAGAGAAACCCCCCGCGGUGCCUGACCUCCGGGACAGCGUCACAGUGUGGAGAGACGGCAGCAGCAGGAAGCCUCAGUACAACACCAAGUGGGACGGCACACCUCAUGAUGCCCCUGACCUGCCUCUGGAUGUCCUUGAGAGGGCGUUGUUCCCCAGAGCCUUCCCUUCCAGGAUCGUCUCCCCUCGGCACUUUGAGCCACAGGACAUUGUGGAGGUCCAGCGCAGAGGAUGCCCCCAGGGGCGGAGCACCUCCCCCUGGACAGAGGUGGCCAUGCAUCUGGCUGAGGUGCUGGAGCCUGGACAUUACUGAGCAUCUGUGUACAAGCUUCAGCUGGACUUUAAAGUGGUUGGUUGGUGUAAAUUAAAACAUCAUCACCCCCUCAUCUGGUAUGGAAAUAUUUCAUACAGUUUUACACAAUUUAGUUUCAGGUGGAAAGAACAUGAGCAUUAGAGGAUUUUAUUUCAGGAGACCUGUGUCAUAGAGAGGCCUCUGUACAAUCUCACAUAUAGAAUAUUAACAGGCAUAAAAACAAACCUAUUCUCAUAAAAUAUCCAGCCACACCACAACUUCAGCUCAAAGUGUCAAAAUUAAAAAUGCCACACACUCCACACACCGCAGCUCCAAAAACAGGGUGAACAGAGGGGUGAGCGAAAGGUGAGAAAACCUCAGUGAACUGGGUCACCUGUCACAGAUGUACCCCUGCACUUUGACUGAUCCCCCCCAGGGAACCGACUCGGGCUCCAGGUGAGGGCUUGUCAACAGCAUGUGUGUAUAACUGUGAGCUGUGGCCUGUCAACUAAAGGUGUGUGUGUGUGUGCGUGUGUUGGGGUUUUGUCUUUUUCCUUUACUUUGUGAAGCACUUCACACCUCAGUGGGGGUCAAAGUGCACACUUGCCUCAACCUGGUGCCCCCACUGGGACUGCGCCACAUGGGACUUGGAUAACAUAAUGCCAUUCAGCUGGACAGUCUGGCACACACACACACACACACUCUUAACAAAGUGGAGUUCAGGGUAUGACAACAGUUGGAAAGUUCAUUGUACUGCAAAUAAAAUUUAGCAACCCAGUUUAAUUUGAAAUUAUGAGACUCUUGAAUAUCGACCUGCAUAAAAAAAAAAAAAAACAUUUAACCCGCAAAUUAUGUCAACAAAAUCUUUUAUUAUUCAGUUGUGUGCAUACCAGCCUACAAUGAAUCGCACUCAGUAAUUGGUAGGAAGAAUUUCUGCCUCUUCAACAGUAUUUUCAUCAGACCAUUAUGAGCAGCUUUUGUCCCCAACACCUGUAAGCUUGCAAGAGUCACUGCACAGGUUCGAUCUUCAGAAGUGCUUUCAUUUGUCUUCGAUGAUCAAUGUACAAAAAGCAGUUUGUUAUUACUGUGAAUUUUUAAAAAGAGUCCUAAAAAGAUGGCCAGGUUGCAGAAUACAAGCACUGGUGAUUAAUCAAUGUGUAAGAUGCAACAAAAUAAAAAAAUCUGGUGUUGUUGUCAUGGACAACUGUCAAUCAUCCAGAGUGAGAGAGAUCUCUUGUAGCUCACCAAUUUAAGGGUGAAACAUAAUCCUUUCUAAGCGCCAUUAUUUUAACCCCUUUUCAUCAAUGUGAUGCUACAGGGCAGAGCAUUUAUAUCAUAUCACACUUCGUAAUCAGAAAAAAAUGUUUCCAUAGAUCAAAAGCAGAUUCCUUAUUCCUUCCUAACGACAGACUGCCCUUUUCUCAUUGUCAGUAAUCUUAAUAACAGCUUCUGUGGCGACCUGUGGAAUUUUUCUUGCCACUUUUCUCUUUUCUAUGAUCAUUUCACAAAAAAAAAAAACCCUAAGCUUGGACUUCAGGAUUAAACCAGAAAGUACCUGUAAGCUGUCUCAUUCAUCUCCAACCCACCUUCUUCAUCCGAGGAGACAACUUUUUAACAGUCGUAUUUUGUCUCCUAAACUGUCUCCCAUGCUACUCUGUGUAUUGAAUCCAAUGAAGUGUGAGACCUACAACACACAAAUCACAGCGGAUAGUCGUGUCAAGAGGAAAACUGAAGAAAAGUCAAAUGUUACAGGUAUUUGGUUGUUACUUUCAAACCCUGCACAUACAUAUUUUAAUGCCAAAGCUUAAAAAAUGUCCAACGUGACAAUAAGAAAGCAUUGCGCUACAGACAGAAUCCCCUCAAUGAGGUCUCUAGUAGAUGUUGUUGGCAGUCAGUACAAACAGACAGAAAGACAACGGCGGACAAACGUGGCCUGUGUAAACUAGUCGGCUCAUCCAGCAGGAAGCUCUGUUCUGUUCAUUGGUCCGUCCUCUUUGUGUGCUCUCCUUCCUCUUUUGGCCACUGCUUCUUUUUAGUCCCAUCCAGAAACAAAUCUGCACAGUCCUUCCUGCUUCUCCUUAAUCUCCAACACACACACACACACACACACACACUCA